AUGUAUAGGACUCUUGUUAGUCUUUGUGCCCUGUGGAGUGCUGUGACGGCUGCCCCUGCCCCGAGCGGCACGCCGGAUCCUAAAAUCCAUGUCCGCAAUGGAACGUAUGUCGGGGCGAAGAACGCGCACUAUCGACAAGAUCUGUUCCUCGGGAUACCGUAUGCCCAGCAGCCGGUAGGCGAUUUGAGAUUCACUGUGCCGAAAUCUCUCAACGAAACCUGGAGAGAUGCGCGCGACGCGAAAGAGUACUCUGAUAUUUGCGUGGGAUAUGGAACCGAUUCCAUCUGGUAUUCCCAGUCCGAAGCUUGUUUGACUCUCAACGUCAUUCGCGAUUCUUCGGUGAAAGAAGACUCCAAACUCCCUGUCGGCGUCUGGAUUCAUGGCGGCGGCUUCUACCAGGGCUCUGGCGCGGACCAGCGGUAUAACAUGUCCGCGAUCGUGUCUAACUCGUAUGAAAUCGGCAAACCCUUCAUCGCCGUGACUCUCAACUACCGGGUCUCGGCAUGGGGAUUCCUAAGCUCCAGCGAAGUCGCCGGUAGCGGCAACACCAAUCUCGGUCUCCGGGAUCAGAGGCUAGCCCUGCAGUGGAUCCGCGAGAACAUCCAGGCAUUUGGCGGUGAUCCGGACAAGGUCACGAUCUGGGGCGAAUCUGCAGGAGCGAUGUCGGUUGGGUACCAUCUGACCGCGUAUGGCGGAAGAAACGAUAGCCUAUUCAGGGGGGCAAUCAUGCAGUCCGGGGGAUCGAUCGCGGCCGGUCCGUCCAACUACACGGGCUACCAGGAUCUGUACGAUGACUUGGUAUCGAAAGUCAACUGCUCGGGCGUGGCGGACACGCUACAAUGCCUGCGCGAGGUUCCCUAUGAGGAACUAAACUCGGCACUCAAUGGCACGGACGGCAGUCCGGCAUACAAAUUCUCGCCAGUGGUGGACGGCGAUCUACUAAGAACCUGGGGCAGUGUGCAUCUACAACAGCAUGAAUUCGUGCGCGUGCCCAUCAUCGCUGGCACCAAUACCGACGAAGGGACUGCAUUCGGGCCUACGGGAAUCAACACGACUGCAGAAUUCUACUCGUAUCUCACAGAUGGCGCGUCCGAAUUCAAGUUGCCCCCGUCGAUGGCAAACCGGAUCCUCGAAUUAUACCCCGACGACCCCAUCCAAGGCAUUCCAGCAUCUCUAGGAGCCCAGCGCGUGCCAUCGAGAGGGUACCAAUGGCGACGCACGUCGGCCUACGCAGGCGACCUCUCGAUGCACGCCAACCGACGACGACAGUGCGAAGCGUGGACCGAGACCUCCACGCCGGCGUACUGCUAUCGAUUCAACGUCCGCAGCGCAUCGGUCCCGUAUCUCGAGGGCGCCACGCACUUCGAGGAGGUGGCCUUUGUCUUCCACAACAUCGCGGGGCUUGGGUACCACUACGGGAAGCCGUUCGCAGGGGUGCCCAAGGGGUUCCGGGCCCUGAGCAAACAGAUGACGGGCAUGUGGGCAUCUUUUAUCCACGAUCUGGACCCGAAUUCGGGCAUCAACGAUUCGCUUUGGACGGCGUACGGGGGGGGCUCCGAGGCGCCGGUCGAUCUGCUGUUUGAUGCUAACAAUGCGACGGUGACGAGCUCCCUGGAGCCGGACACGUGGCGCAAGGAAGCCAUCGAUUACAUCAAUUCGAAAGCGAGGGGAUACUGGCGAUGA